GGCAACAUUACAAAACGUCACUGUCACUGUCAUGUGUACGAAGUGACAGCUGAUCGGUGCAAGCACUUAGCACUUCUCAAAGGAGGACGCAAAACAAAAUUAAUUCAAAUCACCCCACCACGACCGCUUUCACCAUGGGCACAGCUAUGUUCGCGAGGGUGACGUUCUAUCCAACUUUAUUCUACAAUGUGAUGAUGGAAAGGAUGACCAGCCGGCGCUGGUAUGACCGGAUGGAUGACACAGUGAUCCUUGGCGCCCUGCCUUUCCAGGCGAUGACGAAACAGCUCAAGGAGGAGGAAAACUUAAAGGCAGUAGUCUCAAUGAAUGAAACAUAUGAAUUAAAGAUAUUUUCAAAUGAUGCUGAGAAAUGGCGCGAGCACGGCGUAGAAUUCCUACAGCUAGCGACCACGGACAUAUUCGAGACCCCUGACCAGGAGAAGCUGUACGAAGGAGUUAGGUUCAUUAACAGGUUUCUGCCACUCGACAGUAAAAUAAAGCGGAUAACAAGUGAAAACCCAGUGAACAGUGGCACUGUGUACGUACACUGUAAGGCCGGGCGGACCCGCAGCGCGACGCUAGUCGGCUGCUAUCUUAUGAUGAAAAAUGGCUGGUCCCCGGUGGAAGCGGUAGAGCACAUGCGUACUCGGCGGCCACACAUAUUGCUGCACACCAAGCAGUGGGAGGCACUGCAGAUAUUCCACAGGAAUCAUGUGCAGGCGUAGUUGGCGACUAGCGACAUAGACUAGAGCAGUCUUUAAAUUCGCGUGUUCAACCCGCGAAAACAGUCAAAUUCCAUAUAAUCUGAAAACGAAUAAAAAGGUUGGACCUGUUCCGGACGCUCUUGACAAGAUGUUUUUCCAACCUUAAUUCAUAACUCUACGACAGCGGUCGGCAACAGGCGGUCCGCGAACCUCUCACUUGCGGCCCGCGAGCCUCCCUGGCUAUUUUGUAUGUAAUAUUGACAAACGAAAAUACCUGAUAGUCUUAAAUAUUAACAAAAUAACAAAGUGCGGUCCGCGUCAAAAGGUUGUCGACAAAAACUCACAGUUUAAAAAAUAACAAAAAUCAGCCUUCUUUUAUUAAUAACGCGGUUCACUACAACUGUGAACUUGUAGUAUAAAUUAGUGAGUUUUGCUUGUCAUUUGACGAUAUGUGGAUAGGUCUUCUGAACAAGUAUGGCUCAACCCUAAAACUUGUAAAAAAAAUUGUUUCCUACAUAACAAGGCAAAUCAGCAUAUAGAGCUCUAUGAACAUCUAGCAUAUUUCUUCAGACUACGUAAGCGAUUUAAGUAUAGAUACUUAGAUAGGAAAUUUUUAAUUUAAUCAACGAAGAUGCAUCUAACAAUCGCCACGCCCUCAUCUAUGGCACGAUAAGAUUUUUUUGUGUGUAGGUAAAUUAGUUUAUUGCACCGUAGAGGCUACGUACACAAAAAAGCGUCAUGUAUAAAAAUUAAAAUGUCAGCGCUUUUUUACCUAGGUAUCUGUAAUUCCACGCCACGUUGGUUGGGUUGUCGUUAACACGUUGGCUGCCCACCAUGCUACUCCUACAGUAUUGCUCCCACGCCAAAUAGAAAUUUAAGUGAGCUUAUGAUCCCACCGGUGAUGCUCAUGGCAGCUAACGCGUUAAAUUAUCAUUCGUUCAAUUUGUCUCAUAACUUUAACUACUAGUCAAAUCAGUUUCUUUUUUAGAACUGUCAAAAUGAUUUGCUACUAUGAGUUAACUAUUAGUACUAUGAAACACUAGCAUAUGAAAUAUGAAAAUUGUUGGCAUAAUUUUCAAGGGUCUUAUUUUUUUAGACUGCCAGAUAUUUCGAAUAAGUACAUUUGUGGUACGUAGGAUACGACCACCUUAGGUAGCUCAUAUUAAUUUAUAACGUAAAUAAAAUAUGUUAAUAAUAGCAGAAUUACCUUUAUGUAAUAAAAUAAUAGUAUUUCGUCUACCUCCAUGUAUGUGAAAAUUAUGCUGAGUAUUUCUACACAUUAUGAUCCAUUGUUUUAAUCAGCAGUAUUUACAGGUUGGGCCAAAAUUCAUUGUCAAUUUUUACUGCGGUUUAUAAUUGAUAAUUUUGCUAAAAGAAAUAUUUUGAAGAUUUUGUUUUAGUUAAAUGAUUGACAUUUUGUAAAUACGUGUCAGUGAGAAAAAUAUUCCAAAAAAUUUUUCAAUGUACCUAUUUUGGACUUUUUGUAAACUAAUGUUUACACAGGCAUUAGUCUGUAAAAGUCUUCAUAUUUCGUGAAGCAUCACAAUUACUACACAGAAAUUUAAAAU